UCAUGUUAUCAAAUUUCAAAUAUUAUUAUUUACAAACAUAAUCAUUGAUCAUGUUAUCCUUUCAUUUAUAAACAAUUUAUUAACGUGCAUCUUUUUUCUAUUUCCAUUUUAAUCCUUGUUUGUAAAUACUUGUCAAAGUUCUAAUUUUAGAUUAUACUAGAAUUACGCCUUGCAUAUUUUUGUUGCACAAGUAAAAAAAAAACAUUAAUCAAAUCCGAAUAAUGGAGCAACCACCUUUUGUUGGCGAUUGGGUGAGGAAAAUUAAAUUAGGUUGCGGCGGUUUUGGCAUUGUUACACUUUGGCAAAAUGAUAAAAUACCUGAUAGUUUAGCUAUCAAAAUGUGUCGACCAGAUAUUGCAAAUCGAAUUACUCCAAAACAGCGUGAAAGAUGGACAAAAGAAGUGCAUAUUAUGAAAAGUAUAAGUCAUCCAAAUAUUGUACACACAAAACGUAUUCCACAAUAUAUUUUGAAGCCUUAA